UGACAGAUGUGUCAGUAUGUUAAAGCAUGAGUGCUGACAGCGGCUGGAAACUCAGAGCAGAUCCAGUCUGACUUGAGUCUCUGCGCACUAAUUAAUGAUCCGACUGCUCCGUUUGGAACCAUUGAAAAAAGGAGCAACUUAUGCGCAUUUGGUGGGAUAAUCCACAGUUUAUCUCUUUCUGACCAUCUCGGUUUAUUUUUUUAUUAUAUAUAGAGAACUGCAUUAAGAAUCGAGCAUAUAUGAUGAAAUACAAGGCAAAUCAGACCAGGACGUACGACGGAGAGGGAUUCAAGCGCAGAGCUGCGUGUUUGUGUUUGAGAAACGAAGAGGAGGACGAGGUUCUGCUGGUGAGCAGCAGUCGGCAUCCAGACCAGUGGAUUGUGCCCGGAGGAGGGAUGGAGCCCGACGAGGAGCCCAGUGGAGCCGCUGUCAGGGAGGUAUACGAAGAGGCUGGUGUGAAGGGAACACUGGGCAGGUUACUUGGGAUAUUUGAGCACAACCAAGACAGAAAGCACAGGACGUACGUCUACACUCUUAUUGUGACAGAAACACUGGAGCACUGGGAGGACUCAGUCAACAUCGGUAGGAAGAGGAAGUGGUUCAAAGUGGAGGACGCCAUCAGGGUGCUGCAAGGCCACAAGCCUGUCCAUGCAGAGUACCUCCGCAGACUGGCAGACACCUGCAGCCCCCCCUACGUGCCUGUGUGCGGGCCCCGAGCGAUGGAGAGCAAGGCACCUCACUAUGUUGUUUGCUCAACGCAGGAUUCGGAUCUCUUUAACAGAUAGGACCUACAGCUAAGAGUUCCUCCAGAGGACACUGAUGGACUACACUGGAGCAUCGGUUGCUUUAUAAAAGCAAUUUUUUCUCUUGUACAAAAAAAUUUGCUGAAUUUUUUUUUUUUUUUUUAAAGCUGCCCUUAAGAGAGAGUGAAAAUGCUUUCUAGGUGUUUUUACUCUUUUCUUAAUUAUUUAGUUGAAAAUUAUAAGUCAGCAGAGCUAAUAGGUGUCAUUAUAUGGUGCAACUUUUGAUGCAUUUUCUUGGAACUGUGAUUGUAAAGUUCUUAGCAGGGUCUUACGUGGUGCAUUUGUAACCGUGGUGUUACAUUUUCUCACUGUUUCUCUCCUUCAGUUUCCAGAAAGCCGAAACUGGGAAAUGUUUGCCAUAAGAGGAAGCCCUGUUCCCAUACUGACUCAUUGUCAGAUAAUUUCCUGUUGCAAGAGUUUUUUAAAGUGGAAGUAGCCGCAAGUGUGUGAAUGGUUUUGAGAAAUCUUCUGUAUGUUUCCUCAUAAAACAGUUUUCAUAUUUUGAGAACUUGGUUUAAAGUUUCCUUUUUGUAAUCCUAAGUGAAUGCAUAAUUCCAACAAGCAGGAUUUUUGACACUUUAAACCUGGGAGCUUGCCUUAAUCAACACUAAGAUAUUAUUUUGUAUGUGUAUUCAUAAUGUUCUCAUAAAUAAGAUGAAUAUUUGAUAAAGAUGAGUGAAAACCCUU